GCGCUCUCGUGACGCAGCCCUAGUUUUUUACAGGGAAAAUGUAUCGCUCUCGUUCGCAGGCUUUCAUCGGAAUCGCUUUUAAUUCUUUACUUUUCACGGUGCCAUUGGAAGAUUUCCAGUUUAAGAGACAUUAUAGUAAAAACUGGUCGUGUAUUGGGUGAUUUUAGGUUUAAAUCUAGUAUAUUUAUACAAGAAAAAUGCCCAAAUCCAAGAAGAGGAACAGCAAGGGUGUCCCAGGAGGACAGCAUGGAGCUGUGCAGCCUUUCAGCGAUGAGGAUGCUUCAGUUGAGACACUCAGUCACUGCAGCAGCUUUAGUGAUGCCACAAGUGUGGCAGAGGAAGGGGGAGAGGCUGAGGUUGCUGCUCAAGAUGAUUUUGAGUUCAAGCUAAAGGUUUACAUUGAUUCCACUGUUGAUAAAAGUGCUAAGACCAGGCAAGGUGCUCUUGAUGGACUGAAGACUGCCAUGGCAACCAAAAUCCUGCAUGAGUUUAUUUUGGAGAGGAGGAUGACCAUCACUGACAGCAUUGAGCGCUGCUUGAAGAAAGGUAAAGGAGAGGAGCAGCGUGCGGCCGCCUCACUGGCUUGCCUCUUGUGCAUUCAGCUGGGUUCAGGGAUCGAGAGUGAGGAGGUGUUCAAGACCCUCAAACCUAUAUUUAAGACCAUCCUGACCGACGGAUCAGCAAACAUCCAGGCCAGACAGGCUUGUGCAACAAGUCUGGGCCUCUGCACACUGGUAGCAGAAGAUGACGUCUUGGACAUUUAUGCAACCAUGGAGUGUUUCGAGAGCCUUUUCACCCGCUCGUACGUUCGGGAGGAUGGCAGCAGGCCCUCCCUGAGCCCUCAGACUGUUCAGCUUCACACCAACGCCCUCCUCUCCUGGGCUCUGCUGCUGACCAUCUGCAGUGGCAACCACAUCACUGCCAUCAUCCACAAACAUUUGGCUAAGCUGCCACGGUUGCUGGAGAGUGAGGAUGUUAACAUGCGCAUUGCAGCCGGGGAGACCAUCGCUCUGCUGUUUGAGCUCGCUAGAGAUAUUGAUGCAGAUUUUGACUGUAAAGAUUGGGAGCUGCUGUGCAGCAAACUGAGCGCUCUAGCCACAGACUGCAAUAAACACCGUGCCAAGAAUGACAAGAGGAAGCAGAGGUCUGUCUUCAGGGAUGUGUUAAAGGCUGUGCAGGAUGGAGAGUUUGAGACUGAGACAAUCCGGUUCGGAACGGAGCGCAUGAUCAUUGACAGCUGGGUGCGGAAGAGGACCUACGAUGCCUUCCGAGAGUUUGUGGGCUCUGGCAUGAACUACCACCUACAGGCGAAUGAGUUCAUCAGAGACGUGUUUGGACUGGGACCAGCCCUGCUGAUCGACUCUGCUGCCCUGAAAGCUAUGAAGAGUUCCCGAAUGGAGAGACACUUCUAUAAUGCUGCUGCAUUCAAGGCUCGCACUAAGGCCAGAAACAGAGUUCGUGACAAGAGGGUGGAUGUGGGAGAAUUUUAGGGUUCUACUUUUGUUCAUUAAUCCUUAUUUGGGUCCAAUGUAUCACUUUUGUGUCCUCUUCCCAUAUUUAUAUCAUUAUUACUAGCAAGUAUAUUUUAAUGAAUAUGUAUUUGUGUAUACACUUUUUGCCCAUUUUGUGUGGUCAUCUUGUGGCAUGUAAAUUUGUAGAAUUAUGAGCCUGGAUCUUUGGCUUACACCACAUCAAAAUAUUAAUAUUAUUAUUUUCUUUGUUACAUAAUGUGACUGUGAUAAAAUAAAUUUAUUAGACUUGAAUUCA